UUUUCACCAAGUCUAAGCUGUCUAACUGAAUUUUAGCAGUAGAUUAGAUUUAGAGCGGAAAGGAGCAAAGAAGGAAAGAAGAAGCUUGUGGCUUUGGCGGUCUCACCCUAUCACAAGCAGCCCCACCCCACCCCGAUACAUCCAACACCAACAAAGACAAUCACUUUCGUUUCGCAAAUUCAUAAGCACAAGAACACCCAGAAAAACCCAAUAUUAGAAUAAUAAACUAAUCAAGGAUAAGGGAUAUGCCUUGAAUUUCUCACUGCACGUGACUGAUGUGCUCCCAUCCCAGGACUAUAAACCCUAAUCCCCGUACAAUUCACCCCGACUCAAUUCUCAAAACUCUUUUCUUUGAACCUCCAUGGAAGUCACUUUUCAACCUUCCCAUGCUGUACUCUGUCACAAGCAAUCGAGGUUUGCUUCAACAUCGUCUUUGUUGCUGCCAUUCACUUACAAGGGACUCUCGAAUGGGUGCUCUCCAUGCAGAUGGCCCAUUUUGGCAAAUUUAAGUAAAUUUGCUUGUCGUAGUGUUUUAUGCAUUCAAAGGAAGCAUGGUGGCAUAUCAUGGUGCAACAUGGAUGCAAAAGGGGAUUUUGGAAGGCCAAAUUAUGAUAUUAGAUUGCACAGCCAGCAUAGGUUGUCCAGGUAUGCAGUUGGACGAUCUGGACUUACUGAAGCUGGGACCGCUGGUGCUGACUAUCCAUUGCCAGAAGUAAAUACGGUCUCAAAAUUUAGGGGAAUGGGCUUCUACGCCAUUACUUCUUUCAAUGCCAUUUAUCUCUUUCUGCUGAUGCUGGUAGCCCAUCCUUUUGUUCUGUUGUUGGAUCGAUACAGAAGAAAAGCUCAUAUGUUUAUUGCCAAAGUUUGGGCCACUGUCACUGUUACACCAUUUGUUAAGAUCAAGUUUGAGGGACUGGAGAAUUUGCCUCCUCCAGAUGCUCCUGCUGUAUAUGUUUCCAACCACCAGAGCUUUUUAGACAUAUAUGUUCUUCUCACAAUUGGGAGACCCUUUAAGUUUAUCAGCAAGACUAGCAUAUUUCUCUAUCCCAUUGUUGGUUGGGCCAUGUUUCUGAUGGGUGUAAUUCCUUUAAAGCGCAUGGACAGCAAAAGUCAAUUGGAGUGUCUUAAGCGUUGCAUAGAUCUUAUCAAGAAGGGGGCCUCUGUCUUUUUCUUUCCUGAGGGAACACGCAGUAAAGAUGGAAAAUUAGGCUCUUUCAAGAAAGGUGCCUUCAGUAUUGCAGCAAAAACCAAGGUACCAGUUGUGCCCAUUACCCUUAUAGGAACUGGAAAAAUCAUGCCUCCAGGAAGGGAGGCUAUCUUGAAUACUGGAUCUGUGAAAGUUGUGAUUCAUAAGCCUAUACAAGGAAAUGAUACAGAAGUACUGUGUAGUGAAAGUAGAAACAUAAUCGCAGAUGCACUCAAUCGUCAAGGCUGAGAUAUCUACUGCCACAUGUUCUGAUUGGUUUCUAGGGUUUCAUACUUAAAUCCUUUGCUGUGGAUUGACGAAACAGGUUCAGAAAGGUUGUGGUUGUGGAUAGAUCAUAUCAUAGCUGAUACAGAUACAGAGCAAAUGAGUCACGUCUGUCUGAAUCUGUAACGUCUCCUUGGCCGUGCCAGACUUACAAACUUGCAAGCGCCCCGGCGGCCUAAUAAAGUAAAUGUCUUCAUCCCAAUAUCCACAGAGAGAAGCCAAGGGUUGGCCGGGCCCGGGUCCUGGAGUCUUGACCAGUGUUGCCUUCCAAUGUUUAGAGAUAAUAAAUAAAAGGGGAGGCCCUUAUGUUUUGUCCCCAAGAUUAUACCCUUGUUUUUCUUAUUAUUUUUUAAUAGAAAUAUGCCCCCACGUCUCAAAUCCAA